AUGAUAGAUGCUGAUUUCAACUCCUUACUAAUUGACUGGGGUGAAGCUUGUCAACAAUCACCUUUGACAACCGUCAUGUCAACAACACUAAUGGCCGGUGCCUUAACAGGAUCCUUCAUCGCUGGGUGGUUAGCUGAUGCGUAUGGACGACUGCUGGUUCUGAAAGGAUGUCUGCUACUUAUAAGCAUUGUGAAUGGUGUUUUCUCGUUUGUUGCUACCGUAUCAUGGUUGCUGUCAGCGACACUCCUAUUUACUCUAGGUGCUGGAUGUGGCGGAUAUAUGGUGCUGGAUGUGGCGGAUAUAUGGUAUGCAAGUGGAGCGUUGUAG